AUGGGCAACGAAUGUCCUCCAGCAGAGUGUUACUGUACAGGUGGAAUGGGCAAGGAAUGUCCUCCAGCAGAGUGUUACUGUACAGGUGGAAUGGGCAAGGAAUGUCCUCCAGCAGAGUGUUACUGUACAGGUGGAAUGGGCAAGGAAUGUCCUCCAGCAGAGUGUUACUGUACAGGUGGAAUGGGCAAGGAAUGUUCUCCAGCAGAGUGUUACUGUACAGGUGGAAUGGGCAAGGAAUGUCCUCCAGCAGAGUGUUACUGUACAGGUGGAAUGGGCAAGGAAUGUCCUCCAGCAGAGUGUUACUGUACAGGUGGAAUGGGCAAGGAAUGUCCUCCAGCAGAGUGUUACUGUACAGGUGGAAUGUGCAAGGAAUGUCCUCCAGCAGAGUGUUACUGUACAGGUGGAAUGGGCAACGAAUGUCUUCCAGCAGAGUAUUAA